CGAACCCGAGACAGACCGCAAGCGACAGCGGCGGAAGCCAGAGCCAAGAAGCCGAGCCGGGUCGCGGGUCUCCCGGGGCGCAGGGGGAAGCGAACGGAGGUGGAUAUCCUCUGAGAGUCAAGCAAAGAACAUUUUGAAGAGAAAAGGAAUGAGGCAAGAUCCAGGGCAGUGAAAGAGGCACUUACCAGAGAGGACACUUGCUUCCCCAAGCUUGGACUGUGGCAUCGCCAUGAGAACUUAUUGCUACUUUUUGCUUCUCUUUUGGGUUGGUCAACCCUACCCAAUUUUCUCUGCAACGCUAUCUAAGAGGACUAGUGGUUUCCCAGCUAAGAAAAGGACACUGGAGCUCUCCGAACACAGCAAAAAUGAGCUGAUUCGUUCCAAAAGGAGCUGGAUGUGGAAUCAGUUCUUUCUCCUGGAGGAAUACACAGGAUCUGACUAUCAGUAUGUGGGCAAGUUACAUUCAGACCAAGAUAGAGGAGAUGGAUCACUUAAAUAUAUCCUUUCAGGAGAUGGAGCAGGAGAUCUCUUCAUUAUCAAUGAAAACACAGGGGACAUACAGGCCACUAGGAGACUGGACAGGGAAGAAAAACCUGUUUACAUCCUUCGAGCUCAAGCUAUAAACAGAAGAACAGGAAGACCCGUGGAGCCAGAAUCUGAGUUCAUCAUCAAGAUCCAUGACAUAAAUGACAAUGAGCCAAUUUUCACCAAGGAGGUCUACACAGCCACUGUUCCCGAGAUGUCUGACGUUGGCACCUUUGUGGUCCAAGUCACUGCAACUGAUGCUGACGAUCCAACAUAUGGAAACAGUGCUAAAGUGGUCUAUAGUAUCCUGCAGGGGCAACCUUACUUUUCAGUGGAAUCAGAAACUGGUAUCAUCAAGACAGCUUUGCUCAACAUGGACCGAGAAAACAGGGAGCAAUACCAAGUGGUGAUUCAAGCCAAGGAUAUGGGCGGCCAGAUGGGAGGUUUAUCGGGGACCACCACCGUGAACAUCACGCUGACAGAUGUCAACGACAAUCCUCCCAGGUUUCCCCAAAGUACUUACCAGUUUAAAACCCCAGAAUCUUCUCCACCGGGUACGCCCAUUGGCAGAAUUAAAGCCAGCGAUGUGGACAUUGGGGUCAACGCAGAGCUUGAGUACAGCAUUACUGAGGGCGAGGGGCUGGACAUGUUCGACGUGGUCACCGACCAGGACACCCAGGAAGGGAUCAUACGGGUCAAGAAGCUCUUGGACUUUGAAAAAAAGAAAAUAUACAACCUCAAAGUGGAAGCCUCCAAUCCUCAUGUGGAACCCCGCUUUUUCUACUUGGGUCCGUUCAAAGAUUCCGCCACUGUUAGAAUCAUGGUGGAGGAUGUGGAUGAGCCUCCCGUCUUUAGCAAACUGGCCUAUAUCCUACAGAUAAGAGAAGAUGCUCAGAUCAACACGACCCUUGGCUCCGUCUCAGCCCAAGACCCGGAUGCUGCCAGGAAUCCUGUCAAGUAUUCCGUUGAUCGACACACAGACAUGGACAGAAUAUUCAACAUUGAUUCUGGAAAUGGCUCCAUUUUUACAUCAAAACUUCUUGACCGUGAAUCAGUGCUGUGGCACAAUAUUACAGUGAUAGCAACAGAGAUCAAUAACCCAAAGCAAAGCAGCAGAGUACCUCUAUAUAUUAAAGUCCUUGAUGUCAAUGACAAUGCCCCGGAAUUUGCUGAAUUCUAUGAAACUUUUGUCUGUGAAAAAGCAAAAGCAGAUCAGCUGAUUCAGAUCCUGCGAGCUGUUGACAAGGACGAUCCUUACAGCGGACACCAAUUCGCCUUCUCUCUGGCCCCCGAAGCAGUCAGUGGCUCCAACUUUACUAUUCGAGACAACAAAGACAACACGGCGGGCAUCUGGACCCGCAGGAAUGGCUAUAACCGACAUGAGAUGAGCACCUAUCUUCUGCCCGUGGUCAUCUCGGACAACGACUACCCAGUCCAAAGCAGCACGGGGACAGUCACCGUCAAAGUGUGCGCGUGUGACCACCAGGGCAACAUGCAGUCGUGCCACGCCGAAGCGCUCGUGCAACCCACGGGGCUGAGCACAGGGGCACUAGUGGCCAUCCUCCUGUGCAUCAUCACCUUGUUAGUGACCGUGGUGCUGUUCGCCGCCCUCCGGCGACAGCGCAAGAAGGAGCCCCUGAUCAUCUCCAAAGAGGACAUUCGCGACAACAUCGUGAGCUACAACGACGAGGGCGGCGGCGAGGAGGACACGCAGGCCUUCGACAUCGGCACCUUGCGCAACCCCGAGGCCAUCGAGGACAGCAAACUGCGCCGGGACAUCGUCCCCGAGGCCCUGUUCCUCCCGCGACGGACUCCGGCCGCCGCCGCCUCUCGGGACAACACGGACGUCCGAGACUUCAUCGCGCAGAGGCUGCAGGAGAACGACGCGGACCCCACGGCGCCGCCCUACGACUCCUUGGCCACCUACGCCUACGAGGGCACCGGCUCGGUGGCCGAGUCCCUGAGCUCGCUCGAGUCGCUCACCACCGACGGCGACCAGGACUACGACUACCUGAGCGACUGGGGCCCGCGCUUCAAGAAGCUCGCCGACAUGUACGGCGGCGGGGACAGCGACAAGGAGUCCUAAUGGGUUGCCUUUCUUUCUUUCCUUUCUUCUUUGUUCUUCUUCCCUGUUGCUGCGUCUGUGCGAGUGACUCUGUCUCCAGUGCUCCCGUCGUCG